CCUGUAAAGUAUCAAUUUGAAUGAAAAAAGUAGCAAUAAAACUAAGCAGCAAAUACUACAGUACACUAUCUACACAACUCAACUGUAUCGAUUUUAUAAAAAAAGUUAUAUAAACAUGGACGAUCAUUGAUAUAUUUUAAAAAGACUUCCAAGUAUUGAAGUAAGCCCAAGGGGGAGAUUUUCCAAAACUGGUCCAUUCACAUUCGAGCGGAACUCGAAAGCACUUUGAGCUGAAAUAAGGUCAAACAGCAACUCUUUUACAUACAUAUGAAAUUGGAUAUUUAUCGUAACAACCAGUAAUCAUUGUACACAUAUACUGCUUGAUUUCGUAUACGUGUGUUUGUGUAUAAACAAAGUUGAACAUUUUAUCAUUAUGGCGAGUAAGCGGAAAGAAAGGAAUCCUGAGAAAGAGAAACAGUCUGAUAGUGAUAUCUCAAAAGAAAACUCAACUGACAUGACGAAGGAAAACAUUAAAGAGGUGGUCGUGAAACCAAAAAUUGGUGCCGAAGCUGAAUUGCCUUUUAUCGAAAAAUUCGUUUACUUUACAGUCUAUUUGUAUUUUUUGACAACAGCUGUCUACAAAAUAUAUCUAUUUCCCCUUGAAAAGCCAGGAGAGUUGUAUUUGGAAGAUUUUGAUGAAGGGUGGUCAUUUUUUGGACGAAAGAAGGAUAAGUCUGACUUUGAAUGGCAAUUUUGGACGCGUCAAUUUCUACCUCUUGUAAUAGCACUAUUCCUGCAUUCAUGUGGUCACAGAUUAGUAUCUUGGCUAUUUCCACAGCACAAAAUGUUGUACUUUGCUGUGUUUCAGUUAGGAUUUCUUUCAAUAAGUAUUGGAUGGAAACCAGCGCUUGUGUUUAUAGCGCAUAACAUUGUUUACUAUGUUGCUGCCAGAACAAAAUCAACUUUGUUCUGCUGGUCUGUAGGUUUGGGGCUGUUGAUAUCUUUCAUUUCUGUGGACAGACUGAUACAAUUACAGUUUUACACCUUCAACAGAAAUACAAAUGAAGGGGACUUUGUUCUUUUUACAACUCUCAUGUGUCAAUUAAGGGGAAUGAGCUUCUGUCUGGACAGUUGUUUAGCCGCAAAUAAAGAAACCGACAAGAACAAAACAAAAUAUGGUUUCAUGGACUUGUUGGGAUAUAAUCUAUAUUUGCCACUAUUUUGUAAUGGACCCGUUGUGCUUUAUGACACAUUUUACGAACAGAUAAACAAGCCUCCAAAGCCAUUGUCUAGAGAAAUUCUUGGUUCGUUUCUUUGGGAUGCUAUCAGAACUGGCUUCUGGUACAUGGUCAUGGAGUUAAGCUACCACUACCUGUACAUCACCUCACUUGGACGAGAUCCAUAUAUCAUUGAAAACGUCCCAUUUCUGAUGUCGACAGGCCUGAUGUACACACUAAUAUUGCUAUUUUCUAUUAAAUAUGUGGUGUUUUAUCGAGUUGCUGGAAUGUUCUCGAGAUUGGACGGCGUAUCACCACCUGAUAUACCUAAAUGUGUCUGGAAUAUUUAUACAUUUACUGUCAUGUGGAAAACAUUUGACAAAGGACUACACAACUGGUUAAUGAAAUAUAUUUAUAUCCCGCUCGGUGGUUCGAGGAAUGGUAUCUUAAGACAAAUCAUCAGUUCAGUGUCAACUUUUGGUUACGUGUAUUAUUGGCACGGGGCGUAUGAUUAUCUUUUAUAUUGGGCCGUCUCACAAUGGCUGGGCGUAUUUGCUGAGGCUAUGGCUGCAAAAUUAUCCAAAACUAAAACACUUCAGCAUCUACAGUACGAAAUUCUCUCACCAUCUGCAACCAGACGUCUUCAUGGUAUUGGUGGAGUAAUGAGUAUUCUUCCAGCAAUAUUGAGUAACUGUGUGUUCCUCGUGGGUUACCAAUCUGUAGUAGCUUAUCUUCAAGUUAUAUUCAUCAAAGGUGGAAUAUGGAGGUCAUUACGUAUUUUUGCAAUCACGUAUUGUUUAGUUCAAGUAAUAAUGGAGGUCGAGCUUCGCACGAAGAAAGAAAAACCCAAUUCCAAGAAAACUUCGUAGAAUCAAUAUUUUAAGACCGUUCAACCGGUUU